AUGACCCAAUAUAGCAAUUUAUCCAAUCUUUUUGAAUAUCUCAACAAAAGAGAUGAAUGUCCAACUACAAACGACUAUGAUGGUAAGGACUUUGGAGCACGCAUUUCAUCCAUUUUUGUCAUCAUGGCCACCUCGGCAAUUGGAACCUUGUUUCCUAUUUUAUCUUCGAAAUAUUCGUUUAUAAGGCUUCCUCCAUGGUGCUUUUUCGGUGCAAAGUACUUUGGAUCAGGUGUUAUUGUUGCUACUGCCUUCAUUCAUUUAUUGGAACCGGCUUCCGACGCUUUGGGCGAUGAAUGUCUCACAGGAGUGAUUACCGAGUAUCCGUGGGCGUUUGGUAUUUGUCUAAUGACCUUGUUUGUCCUUUUCUUUUUUGAGUUGGUUGCGUACCAAAUGAUUGAUAGAAAAAUAGCCUCCUUAUCUACCGACCAAGAAGAAGGACAGGAGGGUGGAUAUGGUGGACACACACAUUCUCAUUUCGGUGACGAAGCAUUAUAUGUGAAAAAAGAUGUCGCCGAAAAAAAGCUUUCACAAAGCGACGAGGAAGAAGAUGAUGUAGAAGAAGAAGGAGACGAAUAUGACGCUGCCGAAAGAAAGCAUGCUAAAUCAGAAACAAACCCAUACCCAAAACACUUCCAACAUGCUCAUGAGCAUCAGGAUCCAGAAUUAAUGGGUACUCCAGUAAACGAUCAAAGCAAGGAACAAUACUAUGGACAAUUGCUCAAUGUGUUUGUCUUGGAAUUUGGUGUCAUCUUUCACUCUGUGUUUAUUGGUUUAUCGCUCGCAGUAGCGGGUGAUGAGUUUAAGUCAUUGUACAUUGUUCUUGUAUUCCAUCAAAUGUUUGAAGGUUUAGGUUUAGGUACAAGAAUCGCCACAACAAACUGGGGCAAAAGAAGAUGGACUCCUUAUCUAUUGGCAAUAGCAUAUACUCUAUGCACCCCAAUUGCUAUUGCUAUAGGUUUGGGAGUAAGACAUUCAUAUCCACCUGGAUCGAGAAGAUCAUUAAUUACAAAUGGUGUAUUUGAUUCGAUCUCGGCAGGAAUAUUGGUCUAUACAGGUAUCGUUGAGUUAAUGGCCCAUGAAUUCCUAUACAGUGGAGAAUUCAAGGGACCUCUGGGGUUCAAGAGAAUGCUCAUUGCUUAUUUCAUAAUGUGCUGGGGUGCCGGACUUAUGGCAUUGUUGGGUAAGUGGGCUUAA